UUGUGCCGUACAGUCGGGGGUUAUGUUACCCAGCUGAGCCCUUUAAGCUAGCACCUCCCGUUAGCCCGUUCGGCUAAUCUGCCGGCACCGGGGCACUCUCAUUCCGCCAGGAUGGCGGAUGUACAACCUCAGGAUGACCUCCUAAAAAUGACUCAUCGAGAAAACUGGCGAAUGCAACACGAGCGUCUGCACGCCAAACACCAAGGUCACGAGGCCAUGCACGCCGAGAUGGUUAUGAUCUUGGUGGCCACUCUGGUGGUCGCCCAGAUCGUGCUGGUCCAGUGGAAGCAACGCCACCACCGCUCCUACAACCUGGUCACGCUGGUCCAAAUGUGGGUAGUUCCUCUUUACUUCACUCUCAAACUCUACUGGUGGAGGUUCCUGUCCAUGUGGGGCGUCUUCUCCGUUAUCACCAGCUAUGUCAUCUUCAGAGCCACGCGCAAACCGCUGGCCUGCAGGACGCCAAGAAUGGUGUACAAGUGGUUCUUGUUGAUCUACAAACUGAGCUAUGCCGUCGGGCUGUUGGGCUACAUGGCCAUCAUGUUCACCAUGUUUGGCUUCAACGUCUUCUUCAGGAUCAAGGCGGAGGACUCCAUGGACGUGGGCGUGGUCAUGUUAUUCUACGGGCUUUAUUACGGCGUGCUGGGCCGAGACUUUGCGGAGAUCUGCUCCGACUUUAUGGCGUCUACCAUCGGGUACUACAGCGGCGGCGGCAUUCCGAGCCGUAGUUUAAGCGAGCACAUCUGCGCCGUGUGCGCUCAGAAGAUCCUGGUGGACCUGGACGAGGAGGGCGUCAUCGAAGAUACGUACCAGCUGUCCUGCGGUCACAUAUUCCACGAAUUCUGCAUCCGUGGUUGGUGCAUUGUGGGGAAGAAGCAGACGUGUCCUUACUGCAACGAGAAAGUGGACUUGAAGACAAUGAUGAACAACCCCUGGGAAAAGACACAUGUUCUGUACGGACAGUUGCUGGACUGGCUCCGGUACCUGGUUGCCUGGCAACCCAUCAUCAUCGGCAUCGUCCACGGGAUCAACUUCUCUUUGGGACUGGAAUAGUAUCCCUGAGGAGGACGCUUCCCGAAAACAAGAGUCUUGAAGCAACGUCCCCAUUUUAUGGACUAAAUAUCAGGAUGCUUUUUUUUUUUGCUUCCUAAACACUAGCGUCCUUUUGCUUGACAUAUUUUUGGACAAUGUCUGUCUCACUUUACGUCUCUUUUGGAGGUUGUAAUGUUUUGUGUGUCACUGAGGUGUUGUUUUUUUACAAAAACAAAAAUCCAAUCAAAUAAACUCAACUUCAACAUG